AUGGAUGUCGCUCAAGCCCAGAUCCGGACCAUUCACGUGCCAGAUGUUGUUGGCGAGGAUUGCCAACGGAGGUUUCUUACUUUUCUAGAAAGGCUUUACCCAUACCUCUGCACUGCCGUGAAAAACUUCAUAAAUGAUCACGUACCGGACACAUUGAAUUCCGGCCGCGACUUUUAUGUUUGCUUUACGGACAUUACGACACUUCACAGGCUACGCGAGCUUAACACCCAUCAACUUGGUAAACUUGUGAAAAUUCGAGCCCAGGUUGUUCGUUCGCAUCCAGUUCAUCCGGAACUGACUUUGGGUACCUUUAAGUGCGAGGAUUGUGGUGCAGUAAUCCGCAACGUCGAACAACAAUUUAAGUACACACAACCGAGCAUUUGCUGUAAUCCUCAGUGCGCUAAUCGUGUUAAGUUUGAAUUAUUAACAAACCAAUCAAAAUUCGUUGAUUUCCAAAAAGUACGGGUGCAGGAGACACAAGCGGAAGUUUCCCGAGGAAGUAUUCCACGAAGCAUGGAAAUUCUUCUCCGAGCUGAUGCUGUUGAGCUUGCCCAGCCUGGUGAUAGAUGCGAGUUUAUUGGCACUCUCAUUGUUGUUCCAGACCUGUCUCAUCUGAGUGUCUUACUGAUCACAACAGGAACUCGGACACUGGAGCGCAGAGGAACGAGAACAAUUGAUGGUUUUGAGUCUGGUAUCUCUGGCCUGAAGGACUUGGGUGUACGGGAACUUACCUACAGGAUUGCCUUCUUCGCUUGCACCGUUAUUCCUGCUCACGGCCGUUACCUUCCAUCCGAUGACCUGGAAUCUGUUGGUGGUGUUUCUUACGAGGCGUUGUCAAAGCGGUUGAGCGAACCGGAGCUGGAUAAGAUUUGCGCCAUGAGCCAGGACAAGAACCUUUUCCAAAAUCUUUAUACCUCCCUCUUUCCAACCAUACACGGCAGUGAAGAAGUCAAGAAAGGCCUCCUUCUUAUGCUAUUCGGCGGUGUGCCUAAAAUAGUCUUUUUCCAGGUGACGGAAGAAGGGACCCAUCUUCGUGGAGACAUUAGCGUUUGUCUGGUGGGUGAUCCCUCAACUGCCAAAUCCCAGUUUCUCAAGCAGGUGGAGCAGUUCUCUCCUCGCGCUGUCUACACCAGUGGGAAGGCCAGCUCCGCUGCCGGUCUCACAGCAGCGGUCGUACGUGACGAGGAAUCCUUCGAAUUUGUAAUCGAAGCCGGUGCCCUCAUGCUCGCUGACAAUGGCGUCUGUUGUAUAGAUGAGUUUGACAAAAUGGACGUGCGGGACCAGGUGGCCAUCCACGAGGCCAUGGAACAGCAGACCAUAUCCAUCACUAAGGCUGGUGUCAAAGCCACUCUGAAUGCACGCACCUCAAUCUUGGCUGCGGCCAACCCUAUCGGUGGUCGGUACGACCGUUCACGCUCCCUGCGUCAGAAUAUUGGAAUGUCCGCGCCCGUUAUGUCACGUUUCGAUCUAUUCUUUGUCCUCGUGGAUGAGUGCAAUGAUGUUGUCGACUAUGCCAUAGCCAAAUCAAUUUUGGAUUUGCACAUGGGACACGAAACUCAAGUUUCUGCUUCCAAAAUCUACAGUGCUGAUGAUAUCCGCCGUUAUAUAGCUUUUGCUCGAUGUUUUAAACCGAAGAUCAGUAUCGAGGCGAUGCAAUGCAUGGUGGAGGAGUACAAAAAAAUCCGUCAGCGAGACGCUUCUUCGGGCUCAAAUUCGGCGUGGCGCAUCACUGUACGCCAGUUAGAGAGUUUGGUUCGUCUUUCUGAGGCCAUUGCCCGACUCCACUGUGCGGACAUAGUCACUGUGCCGUUUGUGCAGGAGGCCUUUGCUCUGCUUAAUAAGUCCAUCAUUCGUGUGGAACAACCGGAUAUCAACUUAGAGGAGACGGAGCCGCACGUUGAGGUUCGGGCGGCCGGUGAGGCCACCCCAAUGGAGGCGGAGGAGGCUUCGACAGACCAUCAGCAGCACCAUCUGCGUGUGACCUACCAACAGUACCGACAAAUAGCUGACUUGCUGAUCCUACAGACACGACGCGUGGAAGAGUCGGGGGUUGCCAUCACCUCAGAAACAACUUCUGGGGCCAAUAAUGAGCAGAACGCGAUUCGCAAGAGCCAGUUAGUCAACUGGUACCUGGAAGAAGUUGCCGCCGGAAGCCUUCAUUCAGAAGCCGAGUUAGUUGAGAGCAAACUCCUUGUGGAGCGCAUUAUUGAACGUCUGGUGACGAGGGACAACGUGUUGAUCGCUCUCUCUCGAAGUGGUCUUGACGCAGGAGAAAGUGAUGAAGAUCCUUAUUUAGUCGUUCACCCCAACUACUCCACAGAAUAG